GAAAAAAAGGAACUGAUACAAGAAAAAAAAGCUAACAAAAUUACUGAAAGAAAAAAGGAAAAAAGGAAAGCGUGAAGAUCGGGUCUAAUCUGGGGUUCUUUUGAAGAUUUAACCAAAUCUUGGAAUCUGUAAAGUAUUGCCCAUAUAAGACCGUCAAGAAAAAAAGAGCUCUGACGAUUCAUUUCAUCCAUUUUUAAGGAAGUGAAAAGAUUAUAUCUUAGUGGUGAAUUUGGGAAGUAAUUUUUUUUCAAAGGGUUUUUAUUCGUUUGAAUUUGGUGGAAAAGUUUGGAAAUUCAAAUGCCGGAGGAGGACUUGGUAGAACUUAAGUUCCGAUUAUAUGAUGGAUCGGAUAUCGGUCCAUUUCGAUACUCGCCUGCUUCAACUGUUGCUAUGCUCAAGGAAAGAAUUGUUGCUGAUUGGCCCAAAGAUAAAAAAAUAGCACCUAAGGAAGCCAAUGACAUCAAACUGAUAAAUGCUGGGAAAAUUUUGGAGAACAACAAGACUGUUGGCCAGUGUAGAGUACCUUUUGGUGAUCUCCCUAAAGCUGUCAUCACCAUGCAUGUUGUUGUGCAGCCAUCUGUAACAAAAGCUAAAACAGCAGAAAAGAAGGUGGAUGAGGUCCCCAGAAAGAACUUCUGUUCUUGUUCCAUAUUGUAAAAAAGUUCGGUCUUGAUUCAGAGUCAAGCUGGUGAGAUGGCCUCAUUGGUUCCUGAGAUCUGCCUAGCCAUGAACAUGGUCGCUGGAAGCACAAAAUAAUUAGUAAAACAGUGCCAUCCCCCAUUGUUACACGGUUUGUUUGAGGGCAUUCUUGAGUAACAGUGAUGCUAGUGAUGAUGUAUUUGCGUCUUUAUAAAACGGGUGUUUCUUGUAUUUGGUAGCUGCCUUUUUUUCUCUUCAUUAUUUAUCUAAUAGAAAGCUUAUGGAUUCAUUGACAUAUAUAUACACACACGGUACUCUUUGAGCCAUGAUCUUGAUACUAUCUUGUUAUAUUAAGACUGGGGAGAAGUCUUGGACGCUUUCUGAACCCUUGAAAAUUAUAGUGUAAAUCAAAUCUAGUGUGGUUUGAUGAUUAAACUUUCCAUCCAAUUU